GUGGCGAUAUCGAGUGAUUUUUUUUCUCCGGCUCUCGGCGAAACACGGGAGGAAUACACGUGUGUUUCCGCACAUGUGUAGUUUUUAUUACCGUUUUAACAUAUAUUUUCUACAGUAUCGAUCGACAGAACUCUGAUCAUGUCUGCGUCUGUGAAAAAGAAAACACCCGACGGAGAUGCCGCCGCAGAAGCCCUCGAUAAAGAAGAGAGUUCUCCCAUUGUGAGCCGCACACGGAGCGGGCGCAUACUACGGACACCCGCGGCCAAAACCCCCGUCCGUAAGACCAGAAAGUCUGUUAUCAGAGAAGAUCCGGCAGAAAGCGCCGAGUCUCGGCAGGAAUCGCCACCUGAUGACCGUACAGCAGAUACUAAAAGCGACCAAUGCAGUCCGGAGCCAGUUCCAGCGUGUCCGGAUGCAUCUACAUCAGCAGAUGUCAGUCGAGAGUCAGACACUGCGGGCUUGAUGGGGUCAGAUCAGGCCAGCGAGAAGGAGAAUGUGGUAAAUAAUACAGAGACUGAAUCCACUGAUCCCCCUGACCCCAAGAAAAGGGCCAAAAAAAGGACUCACUCAGAAUCCAGUGAGAAGAAAAGUAAGAUGAUUCCUCUUGGGAAACCUAAGUCUGGAAGAGUAUGGAAAGACAGAAAUAAGCAAAGGUUCUCUGCUCUGUUGAGAGACAAACCUCUGCGUACAUCGUGGGAAAAGAAGAUGGAGGCCAAGAGAGAGAAGCAGCUGGUGAAGCAGUACCAACAACGUCUGAAAGACGAGCAGUCCAGAGAGAAAGAGGAGAAAAAGAAGAGGAGAGCAGAAAACCUGAGAAGACGAGCAGAAAACGAGCGGAAAGCAGAGAUCGUGCAAGUGAUUAAGAAUACGUCAAAGAUCAAGAGAAUGAAGAAGAAGCAGCUGAGGAAGAUUGAGAAAAGAGACACGCUCGCGAUGGUGCAGAAAACACCACCCGUUGUCAAGAAGGGCGCUGGGAAAAUAAUCAGCAGCUUGUAGAGAGUGUCUCGAGCUUUGACCUUUACGUGCUGCGUUUUGAUGCACGUGACCCUCGCUGUGGAAGAUACUAGAGACGUGUAAUAAUGAUGAAUUGAUGACUCUGCUUUAGGUCUCUGGGCUUGAUGUAAUAUAUCUACAGCAAAUGAAUUUGAUAAAACAAUACGCGUCGACCUCACGGAUAAUGUCGUUUUUUGUCACAUUAAAAAAAACUGUCAAUUUC